CUCAAUCACUGCGGUCAUCUCAAUUCUAAAACUAUGGCCUCCUCCUCAUACGAAAAAUACGACGUCAGAAAAAGGAACCCAAAUCCAAAAGUGGCAGCUCUUCUAGUCAUCGACGUGCAGAACUACUUCUCCUCCAUCGCCCAGCCCAUCCUCCAAAACCUCCUCACCACCAUCCGCCUCUGCCGACGCGCCUCCAUCCCCGUCAUCUUCACCCGCCACUCUCACAAGUCCCCUUCCGACUACGGCAUGCUCGACGAGUGGUGGCGCGGCGACCUCAUCUUCGACGGCACCCCCGAAUCCCACCUCAUGCCCGAGCUCAACCCCAACGCCCAGGACCACGUCGUCCACAAGAACACGUACAGCGCCUUCAGGAACACGCGCCUCCAGGAAUACUUGCAGGAGAGGGGCGUGGAGGAGCUCAUCGUCACCGGCGUCAUGACCAACUUGUGCUGCGAAACGACGGCGCGUGAUGCCUUCGUUAGAGGGUUCCGAGUGUUUUUCUCAACUGACGCGACUGGGACGUCAGAUCCAGAGCUGCACGAGGCCACCUUGAAGAACUUGGCUUAUGGGUUUGCCUACUUGGUGGAUUGCAACAGGCUUGAGGGGGGACUUUUUCCCAAUCAACAACUUACUUAACCAACUUCUCCAAACUAAAAUGAAUGUUUAUGUACUGUAAUCGUCUCCCUCUCUAAAGUUAGUGUGUAAUAAUAUAUGUUUUUUUUUUUCUUUUUUGGUUAAAUUUAUUUUCGCAGGAACUUUGUUUGUCUUCUAUUUUGAUGUGGGCUUUUAUUUAAUGAAAGGUUGAAGGAAAUUCCGUGA